GAUGACGACGGUGGGCCGCUGCCCGUAAUGCAUCGGCGGAGCGCGUGCACUCCUUCCAGCGCCGGCUUGGACCAAAGCAAGCCCUCGGUCCGCGACACCUUCGACCGCGACGCCCUCCGCCUAAGCACGCUCUUCGGGAAGUCUGGUGUGACGAUCCCCUCGACCGGCACUCCACUGGCGGCUUUGCCGGGCGCGUCCGAGUACCACGUCGCCGUCGGCUUCGGUACGCCGGUGCAGAAGUUCCACGUGGGGUUCGACACGGGCAGCGCCUCCGCGGGAGCCACGCUGCUCCAGUGCAAGCCAUGCGCCGGGGCCCGUGGCGCGCCGUGCCCCCGUGCUUUCGACCCGUCCAAGUCCACCUCCCUUGCCCACGUCCCGUGCGGCUCGCCGGACUGCGACGUAAGCGAGUGCAGGGGACGCCGCUGCACGCGCACACUCAACUGGAAGAACGGGCUGCAAAAUGCCACCUUCGUGACGGACACGCUCACGCUCACGCGGUCGGUCACCGUGGACAAGCUCAGGUUCUUUUGCCUGGAGAUGGCCGCCAGGUCGGGGGACGGCUCGUCCGGCAUCCUGGACCUCAGCCGGGACAGGCACUCGCUGGCGUCCCGGGUGGCUCCGUCUCCGGCCACGGUGACCUUCUCCUACUGCCUGCCGUCGUAUGCCGACUCCAUCGGCUUCCUCUCCGUCGGCGCCGCCCGGCCGGAGCUCGCCGGCCAUAACGUGUCCUACGCCACCCUGCGGAGCAAGGCCCUGCACCCGAACCUCUACUCCGUCCAGCUCGUCGGUUUCUCCAUCGCCGGCCGGGAUUCCAAGAUCUCGCCCAUCAAAUUCGUUGGUGACACGGUGUUCGAGCUGCACACGACCUUCACCUACCUGAGGCCGGACGUCUACGCGGUCCUUCGCGAGCAGUUCAAGGGGUGGAUGAGGCCGUACCGCGCCGCGCCGCCGCUGGGUGACCUCGACACGUGCUACGACUUCAGCGGCCUGAGCGCCCUGAUCCUGCCGGACGUGACGCUCCGCUUCAAGGGCGGAGCGACAAUGGACCUUGACAUCGAGAACUUGAUGUACUUCGAGGACCCCGGGAACCACUUCUCCGUGGGGUGCCUCGCGUUCGCCGCGGCGCGCACCCUGGAGCCCGUGGUUGCGGUGAUCGGAACCCUGGCGCAAGGGAUGACGGAGGUGGUCUAUGACGUGCUCGGAGGAAAGGUUGGGCUAAUUCCCCGCCGCUGCUGAUUGUCAACGUGCAUGAUGCAUCUAUGCAUAGCUUCUCGUUUUGCUUGCUUCACAAAUGAGCGCCCAUGUAAUAAGAAUCAUAAGUCAUAUAGUCGUAUGUAACUGUGGA